AUGGUUGACAAGAACAAAAAAGAUAUGAUAGAAAUGAUAGAAAUUGGCAUCGGAAGAUUAAAAGAAUAUCAAAAGGAAAUCAAAGAAGUACUUACAAGUCUGAAAGAAAUUACUCAGCAAAAUAGAAAGAUCGUUCAGUCUAUUAACGUCAGUGAUAUUACAAAAUAUGAUAGUAAUAUUCAAAACUACCAGAAGAUUCCUUUAAAUAUAGAACUUGAACUAAAGACAUUUGUUUCCAAUGAUAUAGAUAAAAGUAGACUUAACCAAAAGUUUGGCGAACUAAGGAAUCCCAAGAUCCAUACAGAACGGAUCCACAGGUCAGCAUUUAAUACGCUCCUAGAUAGAACCUUUGAAAAUGAAAGCUUUCCCACUGGAAUAGCACCAUUACAUAAGCUUGAAUGUAUGAAUACAGAGGAGGUGUGGAUAAUAGGGGAGAAUAAAACCAUCACUCUUAACAACAAACAAGGUUUUGCACGGGUGACUGUUGCCUCUACCUGUUCGGAUUAUCCUAGUGAUAUUUUAAUAUCAAAAGAUGGACAUCUGCGAUAA